AUGCUCACCGCCUCCGGUUGGCCGCGGAGUGGCGGCGGCGACGGUGGACCGAGCCGAGCCCGUACACAGCUAGGCACGGUCAGCGGCUCUCCCAGCGACGGCAUGGCCCGGACAGGUCGGGGACGACAGCGCCGGUCCCAGAUGCCGGUAGGAGGAGACCAAGGAGGCGGCGGGCAGCAGCAGCGGCAGCCCCACGGCUCGACGCGCUGCCGGCUCGAAGGCUAUGGCUCGGUUUGCAGACCUGGGCGGCGCGCCAUGGGUUCUGGCGGCGGCGCGGCCCGAAGGGCGGCGGCGACGCGGAAGGUCGUGACACAGGAAUACGCCGCGGGAGCUGACCCGCAGGUGGCUGCGGCGCGGAGGAGAGGGCGCGCAGAGAACCUCCAGCCCGAGCUCGGGGCUGGGGCGGCUGCUGCUGGCAGAAGCGCCGGUGGCGGCGCCAGGGGCCGCGCUGACUUGCGGGGAGGGCCGCCGAGACUCCGGGGGAGGGCGGCGGAGCGGGUUCAUGCCGGUGGCUACGCCGGGAGGCCGCGGUUACGACUCGGCCAAGCUCGGGCGUGGGAAGGCUGCAGGAUCAGCAGCGGCAUGGACGCGUCAGCGUUCGCAUCCGGCGCUCUGGCGGCGGCGAUUCCGCGGAGAGGACGCCCGAGGGCUCGGGGCCGAUGUCGACAAGGUGCCUUGAGAACAAAUAUACUCGGCCGCGAGCUCCCAACCCAGAAAUAA